UGUUUUCAGUAAUGUCAAUCUUUCCAAAUGCUGGAUUUAAGACAAUCGAGGGUGACCUUCGUCGACAAGACAUUAGAGUACAACAACACAGGCUUCGUAGUUCUAUGUGGAGGGUUGACCCAAAUGGGGGCACCAUUAGACAAAUUCGUCACAUACGACGUCGCAAAUAUCAGGUGAAGUCACCUUUAUCUCUUUGGCACAUCGAUGGACACCACAAGUUGAUACGAUGGAAGUUCGUAAUCCAUGGAGAAGUUGAUGGUUUUAGCCGCCUCAUUGUGUAUCUGAAAUGCAGUACCAAUAACAGGUCUUCCACAGUGCUACAUGCCUUCCAGGAAGCAGUGAAUACAUGGGGACUUCCAUCAGGAGUUCGUGCUGACAAAGGGGUUGAGAAUAGAGAUGUUGCAGAAUGGAUGCUGUGUCAUCCAUUGCGGGGACUUAAUCGUGGCUCAUUCAUAACUGGAAAGAGUGUUCACAACUCCCGCAUUGAGAGGAUGUGGCGGGACGUUUACACAACUGUUGUAUCCACAUUUUAUGGCGUGUUCAUCAACUUAGAGGAUGAAGGCAUUCUGAACUGUGACAGCGAUGUUGAUCUUUUCUGUCUCCACUACAUUUAUGGUUCAAGAAUAUACCUAGCACUGGCACGGUUCACUGAGGCUUGGAACAACCAUAAACUUCGCACAGAAAGGCAUAAAACUCCAAAACAGCUGUUUAUUAAAGGCCUAUCCACUCUUGAUGGAGGAGAUGCAAUUGCAAUUGAAUACUUUGAAUUGCUAAAUGAGAGAGGCGACUGA